AUGGCCGAUAAUUCUCAAUCAGAUACCGUCGCCGAACGAGAGCUCUCCGCAGGGCCUACGCAAGAUGCAUCCUCCACUGCUCUUCCUCUUCGCAGGGCGAUCCGCUGCGAUAGAAACUGUCCCUGCUCUCACUGUUUACAAGUAAAGAUACCCUGUAUCAAGGGUGUGAGAAGCAGAAGAGAGAAACGGAACCGGGCUGAGCAGAAAAUCGACCUCAUAGAUCGCCGCCUCGAAACCAUAACCCAACUACUACAUAAUCUCCAGACUCUCUCGCCCUCUCCUGGAGCCUACUCUACUACGUCAGUGCCCCCUGUCCCCCUUAGGGUUGAUACUGCAAACCCUGCAAUCAUGGCAUCGCCGUCAACUUCAAUCAACGGAACAUCCAAGCCGACGACUGUAGAAACCCCAUUCGUUGAUGAAAGGUCGUCUGUCGCCUCUCAUUCCGCUUUUCCCAGCAGCUUUCCUCAACAGGCGGUUCACAACGGGCGUUUGCAUGGUCUAGAUCUCGAUAUAAAUGAGACACUAGACUCGCUGCACUGCAUUCUUGGCGCAUUCAAACAGCAGACAUCAAAGACCGAGAUGUCUUAUCCUCUCGCAAAACCAUUACUGCGUCCUUCUUUUCGUGAAAGUGAAAUGCCACCAAUCGGGAAAGCAGUAGCUCUACUACACGGUGCCAAAGGUAAGCAAUAUAUUCCAGGUCUCACAGAUCACUUCUACCUUAGUAUUUGCCUUCGGGUCUACUUUUCUGAAGAUUUCUCCGAGGCCGACUUUAUCAUUGCCAACUCUGGCCUUUUACAACUAUUUAUUGUGCAAUCUGAAGAAGUACCCGACAACACUGAAGGCCUCAACUACGCCCAUAUAUGCCGCACUAACCUUGAGACGGCACUGGUUAACUUGCCUCUACAUUUACCUGCCACUUUGGACAUGAUCGCGGCCCUCCUACUAGGCGCUUUCCAUACCAUCGAAAUCUCAAAGCCAUCACUUUGCUGGACUUUGUCGUCAAAAGCAUCUGAGUUAUCCCAGACUCUCGGCUACCAUCGGAUUCCUUCUAUAAAGGAAGGUGUUGUCGCCGAGGAGAAGAGGCAUGGGCAACUCCUCUUCUGGUUCACGUACUUCAUCGAUAAGAGCCUGUCGCUACGCUUAGGGCGGGCCUCGACGAUUCAAGACUGGGAAAUUACCACCCCGAUGAUUUCAGAACCUGGUACUUGCUCCCUAAUUGAUGCUAGCAUAACUAUGUGGAUCAACACGGCGCGAUGUCAGGGCAAGAUCUACGAGAGUCUGUACAGCCCAGACUCUAUCACGCAACCCGAUCAUGUACGGAAAUCUCGAGUCCAGUCGAUCUCAAAUGACCUGUAUAAACUAGCGCGGGAAGCCUGCGACAUAAGGAAUAAUUACUUCCAGAAAGCCAGAGACACACUUGGUCACCGCCUGAUUGAGUACAUGACUCUCUCAGAUGAUGUCUUCCGCCUAUCGCUCCUCACCCUAGUGUAUCGCGCAAGCCCAACUUCCCCAGGAUCCCCGUCCGCCUUCACCCCAGACUGCCUCGAGGCAGCGAGAGCUACGCUCCAACGACACCAGGAUUUCGUAACCACCUUCAGGGAUAUUACCUCCACCUAUUUCACCACAUAUAUACAUUGUUAUACACAGCUCACACAAAACUUGGCCAGGACCCUCUUGUUUGCCCCUUUCACUCCCUUCAUCGUGUUGUUUUGUCAUGUUAUAGAAUCACCCCAAGGUGGAGAAGAAGAUCUGAACCGUCUUGAUGGCUUUGUAGCAUCAAUAGAGGCCGUUGCUCCAACACUCUCAGAUGCCGCGUCUAAGAUGCACAGACUCUUUGGGGUCCUUUCUAAGAUCGCGCAGCGUUAUACCGUUUACCGGUCCUCGACAUUGAGCCGAGAACAGGCCCCAGCAGAUGAACAGGCCAUUUUGAAUGCCUAUCUUACUGCAUUAGGGUUCCCCCCAAUGAACCAGGAGAACUGCCAGCAACAAAGCACUGACUUUUUGUCGGUCACAUACCAGGAUGUCAAUAUUCGACAGGCCCUCGAUGGUUAUUGUGACAAUGUGCCGGGAGUAGACAGUCAAGGAGGAAUGCUUCCGACUGCGUGGAUGGGCCAUACGACGGAGCUGGGAGAGUGGUUCGAAGGGAAUCAACACAUGAUGAACUUGCUUGAGGGCCAGGCUUCAGUAGACUUUUCGUUUUUAGGUUAA